AUGGGUGAGGAAGCUAUACCGACUGGGAGAACUACAGCAAGCCAGGGAACACACGAUCAAGAGCAGAGACAGGAGAGGCUAGAGAAGGCAGUGGAAGAGUUGGCGGAAGAAAAUCGACUAGCUAGGGCAGAGUUGGCUUGCCUGACUAACAUGAUGGAAGAAAUCUUGAAGGAGUUGGGAACGGGGAAGCUAGUGAGAGAAGCCGUACCGAGUGGCCACAGAGGCCGAACUAAUGAACCACGAGUAUCAGAGGAGGUAGUACCCGAGACGGAAGAAGCAGAGCAGAAAGAAGAAGCGGAACAAGAGGAAUCUGAGGAAGAACCAUCCGGAAACGAGGAAGAGGAUUUGAAGGAACCACCUGCACCAGUCCCUGCACCGAGGAGGAGCAGGAGAAACCCGUGA